AUGGGUGUCGCCGUACUCUCCGGCGUGAUCGACGGUCUCAACACUCGCAACUCAAUGUCUACUUCCCAGCUCAAUACCGACGACGCGUCUGGUACUUCUACCCCAAUUGACAUUUCCUCUUCACAAGCUAUCAUGGAAGCUAAAGAGUCUUGCUUGCCUUCGAAAUUCCUCUGUACUGUCAACAGGAGUGAAAGUGCCAAAUCUCUGCGCAAGACUUUUGACCUUUUGGGAGACGCAGGCAAACAAGUAAAUAUCUUACAAGGCGGCGGUGUUAAUGUCGAUGCUGUACGCGAUUCUGACGUGGUAUUGCUAUGCGCCAAACCUCAAAUGGCUCACACGAUUCUCAAUGAACCUGGAAUGCAAGAAGCCCUCGCUAAUAAGCUUCUCAUUUCGAUUUUGGCUGGUGUCACUAUCACUCAGAUUCACUCUUGGGUCCCAAAGUCUACAAAGGUCGUGAGGGCAAUGCCAAAUACUCCAUGCAAGAUACGCGAAGGUAUGACAGUUGUUUCAGCACUCCCUACCGACUGGGUAUUCGAAAAGGAACUCAUUUUAGCUAUUUUCCGCUCAAUUGGACGUUGCAGAUUCCUUGAAGAGAAGCACUUUGACGCGUGCACUGCUCUUUGUGGCUCUGGUCCGGCAUUUGCUGUGACAGUCUUAGAAGCAAUGGCAGAUGGUGGUGUUAUGAUGGGAUUGCCAAGGGCUGAAGCUGUAGAGCUAGCUGCGCAGUCCAUGCAAGGAAUCGCAAGGAUGGUGUUGGAGACAGGCGUUCAUCCAGCUGCACUCAAGGAUAGCGUCACAACACCUGGUGGUUGUACUAUCGCUGGUCUUCUCGCCCUUGAAGAUGGAAAGGUACGUUCAACAAUGGCACGCACUAUCCAAGUAGCCACGUCACACGCUUCCGGUUUAGGACAGGCUAAAAAGUGA